AUGGUAGGGGCACUUGCUGAUGAGGAAGACAAGGCUUUGGUGCUCAUUUGCUUUCCCUCCUGUCCUGGCCACAGUCACUGGAGCUAUGAAGAGCGGGAGCACUGGGGGGUGGAUUACCCAGACUGUGCUGGCACUGUGCAGUCACCCAUCAACAUUGACGUGGCCAAGACCAUCUUCAGCCCCCAUCUGAGGCCGAUCCAGCUCUCUGGCUACAGCCUGCCUGCCAAUGAGAAGCUCAAGCUGAAGAACAAUGGGCACACAGUGGUCCUCAAUCUGCCCGAGUCCCUGGCCAUCACAGGAGGCUAUGCCCAGCAGUACCGGGCCACGCAGCUGCACCUGCACUGGGGCUCCCCAUUGGGACCUGGCUCAGAACACACCAUCAACGGGCACCGCUUUGCUGCCGAGAUCCACGUGGUUCACUACAACACCAAGUAUGACAGCUUUAAGGAAGCAAUGGUCCACCCAGAUGGCCUGGCUGUACUGGGAGCCUUCCUGGAGGUUGGGCCACGGGAGAACCCCUACUAUCAGGAAAUAAUUAAGCAUCUGUAUGAAAUCCAAGGAGAAGGUAAGGAAGUCUUGGUGCCCGGAUUCAACAUCGCAGGUCUGUUGCCUGCCAACCUGAAGCUCUACUUCCACUACAAUGGCUCUCUGACCACCCCUCCCUGCUACCAGACAGUGAAGUGGACACUCUUCAACCAGACCAUGCUGCUUUCUCAUGACCAGAUGUCAGUGCUGGCAAUGAGCCUGAGAAACGAUGACAACAAACCUCUGCAGAACAAUGACCGGCUGGCGCAGGGCCUGCACGAGCGCCGGGUGCUGGCGAGCUUCCAGACCUCCCUCUUGUUGGAGAAGGAGAUGCCUCCUGGUGCUGAUGGCUCAGCAGCAACAGGACAUCCCAGCUCUUCAUUUCAUGCAGGAGAUGUGCUGGCUGUGCUCUUUGGGGUGCUCUUUGCCAUCACAGCACUGGCCUUCCUGCUGUACAUCUACAAGCACCGCAGCCGGAAUGCACGGCUGGACUCACCGACCAAAUCCAAGGUCAUCUACACGGCAGCCACCACCGAGAACACUGCAUGA